UUCUUCUGCGUUUGUGUUUGUCAAAACAAAAUUAAAUAAAAUCUCGCCUAAAUCGGCCGCUGCGCGAAUUGUUUAAAUAAUUCGUGAUUCUUCUGUGUUUGUCUGCUAUCGUCGCCUCCCGGGCUCCUGUGUAUAUGUCCCAACUAGUAAGGUUUCCCCUUGAAUGCCGCCCAAUCGCCGCGGAGCGUUGUGCCUCUGAGGUCCAAAUAUAAAAAGUGAACAUGUUUUGCCCGAGGCACUGGUGACUGCCGAAAUCUCUAUUAAAAGCGCUGCCAUGCUGCAGUACAAGAGUGCCUCCGGAGCGGCCACAACCAGUGCCCCCCAAGCCACGCCCGCGGCGACGAACAUUACCGGCAAAGCGGCGGCGUCUUCGAGUGCAGUGUCCAAUGUCGCCACCCAAGCCCAGACGGGUGUUCCAGGAGGAGCGCCCACCAUGCAGCAGAUCAUCAACAUCCAUCAGAUGCCGCACCAGUUCACCGGCGGUGGCACUCAGGCGGCCGGAAUGCCUCAGAAUAUGUUCCAGAUCGUCCAGCCGAUGCCCAUGCAAACGGUGAACAUCGAUGGCCAGGAGGCCAUCUUCAUACCCAACCUGAACGCACAGCUGGCCACGGCGCAGGCGGUGAAUAUCAACGGUCAGCAGGCCUUUAUCACACCCAGCGGCCAGAUCCUGCGCGCGCCCCAGAUGGCAGCCGCCAAUCCGGCUGCAUCCAACUGCAUCCAGCUGCAGCAACUAAACGGCCUGGGGCAGGAGCAGACGCAGCUGAUCAGCAUACCGGGCACGAAUAUUCAGAUACCCGUCACCAAUCUCAUCCAGCAGCAGCAACAGCAGGUAGUGCAGCAGCAGACCCAGGCAGCGGCGGCGGCAGCGACAGCCUCUGGAGCAGGAGCAGCAGGAGCUGGGGGGGCUAAUGGCGCGACAGCUGGCCAGCUGCCUGGAAGCAUUACCAUUCCGGGCACCAAUCUGCAAAUCCCAACGUCGGUGGCAGCGGCCAACGGUUUAUUGGGAAACAUCUCCAACCUGCUGGGCGGUGGCGGGCAAUCGAUUAAGCUGGAGAAUGGCCAGCUGCAGCUGCGUCCGCAACUCGUGCAGUUCCCAGCGCAGGCCGUGCCCCAGCAGCAGCAAACAGUGGCGGUGCAAAUACCCGUCCAGGCCGCCGGCGGACAGACCAUCUACCAGACGGUUCACGUUCCCGUUCAGGCUGCUGCCACAGCGACCGCGGGCGGAGGACUGCAAAACUUGCUGCAGGCACAAUCCCUGCAGAUGCCCGCCGCCUCCCAGAUGCAGAUCAUACCGCAGUUUGCCCAAAUCGCCCAAAUAGUGACUCCCAACGGGCAAAUCCAGCAAGUGCAGUUGGCCAUGCCAUAUCCUCAGCUGCCGCCAAAUGCCAAUAUCAUACAUAUCCAGAAUCCCCACCAGCAGCAACAACAACAAGUCCAACAGCAGCAGCAGCAACAGCAGCAGGCCCAGCAACAGCAACAGGCUCAACAGCAACAACAAGUCCAGGCGCAACACCAGCAACUCCUGCAGGCUAUCAAUGAAGCGUCAGCGGGGGGACAGCUGCCUGCCAAUCAGCCCAUCACCAUCACCAAUGCCCAAGGCCAGCAACUGACUGUGAUUCCUGCCCAGCUCCGGCAGGCGGCACAGCCGGCGACGACACCGACACCCGUACCCACCGUACCCGCGCAGAUGCAGCUACCCAAUCUGCAGGCCCUGCCCAUCCAGAAUAUCCCCGGAUUAGGUCAGGUGCAGAUUAUUCAGGCCAAUCAACUGCCGCCUAAUCUGCCGGCCAAUUUCCAGCAGGUGCUCACUCAACUACCCAUGGCCCAGGCUCAGGCGCAGGUGCAAGGCCAUGUGCAGAACGCCCAGGGACAGAGUCAGGGGCAGGUGAUGCCCAAGCAGGAGCCGCAGAGUCCCACGCAGAUGAUAACCAGCAUAAAGCAGGAGCCACCGGACACCUUUGGACCCACCACUAACAUCACGGCCGGUGUCAAUCGCCCGUCGGCUGCCUCAACGCCAAACAACAACACCUCCUCCCCGCAACAGAUCAAGUUCCUUCACGCGGAGGGCAACACCCUGUCCAAUUUGAGCAUACCAGCCUCCAUUCAGAUCACAGCCCUGCCUCAGCCGGCACCUGCCCCGCCGACGCCCGUUCCUGUGGCGUUGCCCACGCGAAGUAAACCCAACCUGGUGAGCGCUCCCAGCUCACAGAUUUCGAUUGCCCCGGUGACCGGUGGACAAGUAGUAACUGUUGCCACGCCAGCCAGAGGCGGGGCAGCCAGCAUACGGAGCACUAGCAGUGGUGCAACCACAACAAUAACAACGCCUGUCCAGAAUCUGAAUGGUCCAAACAUCAGUGCGGCAACUGGAGGUGGAGGUGGUGGUGGUGGUGGCGGCACAGCUGGCAGCGGAGGAGCAGCGGUCCCUGGCGAGCCAAAGCCCCGGCUGAAGCGAGUGGCCUGCACCUGUCCCAACUGCACCGACGGCGAGAAGCAUUCGGACAAGAAACGCCAGCACAUUUGCCACAUCCCUGGCUGCCAGAAAGUGUACGGCAAGACCUCCCACUUACGUGCCCACCUUCGUUGGCACACCGGGGAGCGGCCGUUCGUCUGCUCCUGGGUGUUCUGCGGCAAGCGCUUCACCCGCUCCGAUGAGCUGCAGCGCCAUCGGCGGACGCACACGGGCGAGAAGCGGUUCCAGUGUCGCGAAUGCAACAAAAAGUUCAUGCGCAGUGACCACCUGUCUAAGCACAUCAAGACGCACUUUAAGAGCCGGACCGGCGUCGAGCUAAUUGAGCUGAGCAUCAAGCAGGAGGGAAAGAGUUCCAAUGCGGCGAAGAGCAUCAGCACGAUGAGCGGCAUUGUGACGAUUGAGAUUCCGGGCAGCGGUGGAGCGGGCGCCACGGGCAGUGGAGCGUCCAGCGUGGCGGCCACGGUUGCGGGCUCAACUGUGACGCCUGGCGGUGCCACAAUCGUUCAACUGCCAGCUGUGGAGGGCAGCACCAUCGGUGGCGGCGGCGGUGGCGACAGUUUCAAUGAGGAUGAAGAUGAGGAGGAUGAUGAGAUGACCGAAGAGGACGACGACGAGGAGCUAGACGAAGAGCUGGACGAGGACGAAGACCUCGAGGAUCUCGAGGAUGAGAUGGACGACGGGGAGGAGCCCGAGGCUGACAGCAGCGAUGAGACCAAGAUGACCAUUGCUGUUAGCGAGCCGGGCGAAAACUCGUCCAACUAGCAUUCGGAGUCGCUGUUCAUGGAACAGUUCCUGUUUGAUCACUUCCCAUAGCACCCACCGCUAGCGCUACCCCUACCGAUCCUGCCACUGCCCGGCCACGUUGUCGCCCCGUGGGACCAUGUUUAGAGCUAGUUUCUAACUGUAUAGAUGUACAUAGCGUAUUAUGUAAAAACGAGCAUUUUAAAUGUAACUCUGACUCCGUGUACAGUUCCGGUUGCGUAUCGUCGUGUCGUCCUAGAUUUUAGUAGAUGUACAUAGUCUAAAAUUGAGCCACGUAUUGUAGCCUAAGGUUUUAUUAUUAUUAAUUUUAUCAUUUUCUCUACCUUAAGACAUGUUUUUAACUAAAUUUUUUAUAUAUUUCUUCACAUAACGAAAGCACGAUCAAUAAACAAAAAACUUAAACUUUCA